CUGAUCCAGCCCCAGGAUACCCAGUCUCCUUUCCUGGGCAUGGAGGUUGAUGCACGUGGGCAGUAUCAUCAUUCAUACCAAUCACCAGGGAUGUACGUUGCUAUCAAGGACCUGCCAGACGAUUGCAACAAACUGUUCAGUGUUUUACGUGGCUGCUGCGAGCUGUUCACACAAAGACUUUAAAAGAAUGAAAGUUGUGAAAAGCAUAAGCGUAGCUGGCUACAGCAAUAAAAUGGAUUUUUUUCCCUGAUUUUACAAGCCAUUGUAGAGUCGUUCCCACUGUGUUUACUCACUUAAAAGUGCCAUUUUUCACUGUCACUGAUCAGGGCUGGCCAGAAAAUGAACCUUUACUAAACUAUCACUCCUUCUUUUGCUUAAUGUAUGAGCACUGACUCUCCAGCACCCAGAAAUUCACCUCUCAGUGAUGCCUGGAGGCUCUGUAAGCCUGACUCUUGCGGAGUUUGUGGCAUGCUCUAGGGCUGUUAUUCUGUGCCUGUGUUAGACAUCAGCUGUAGCAGCCUGGAUAUAAGGUACCUGGCUAAAAACAUGAAAGCACAGGCUGCAAAUCCAAGCUAUGUUGUACCGAGCCAUCCUGUCACAAUUCUUUCUGCAGCUGCAGGAUCCAUCUUACACUGCUUUAUCUGAUGCCAAACCCUCCCAAACGGGCUCCGAGCAUCCCAGCCAACUCCCGGUGUGAGCACAGUGCUCUCAGCGACCUCGCCUGCCUCAGUGCUGCUGCCGCUCGCUGCGGCCGGGACGUGAGAAACCACGCAAGUUCUGCAGGGCUCCAGGGAGAGAGCAGCAGGGCUGGGGCCACCACAGAAAGGAGCUCACGUGGGAAAAGCCCUGGCAGCCCCAGGUGGGAAGAGCAGUGAGAAGAUGCCGGCUGAGGGAUGCUUGAACUCCACGGAAGCAGACUUCGCCGCUGAGGAGAGCACACGCUGGAGGUGCCGGGGCUGCCGUUGGUGAGACGAGGCAGCUAAGGCGGGCGGCGAGCUCGCUCCUUGCCGUGCGUGCCUGCUUGAUUGACAUUGGCUUCCAAAUCGCUGCGACUGUGCCUGAAGAAAAGCGAAGGAGCAUCGUUUUGCUGGGAGAAAUUUCCUGGCAAGGGAAGACAUGCGGAGCAGAGAAACGUGCCAGGGAAGAGCUGCCUAGCGCCUGCAAGUGCAGGUCCAGGUGCUAGCACAACUUCCACCCAAGCUGGCCAUGCUGCUGUGAAGUCCUUUUCUCCCCAGCACCAGGGCGGGCUGCACCGGGGGCUGCCCAUGGCACUGCGGCGUGCUGGGCUGGAUUAGUUGUCGGUGUGUCACUGCUUUGGCUGGCUGAAGAGCUGAAGAACAGCACAGGGAAGAUGUUGGACCUGAGCUUCCUGACCGAGGAGGAGUAUGAGAAGCUGAUGAAGGUUCUGCAGAGGGAUGCGGAGCUAAAGAAGAAGGACGGGGAUCGCAUCAGGAGGAUACAAGGCUCCAUCAAGGAUGAAAAGAAGAAGAAGUUUGUGACAGGCGAGUGGUUUUCGGAAGUGAAGGCAAAACGGUUUCAAGAAGACUUGGAGGGGUCGGAUCUGCUUCGGGCAUCGAUCAGAAGGAAAAAGGGCAAAGUAGAAAAUGAGGUUAACGAGCACAUCCGGAGGGGGCUGGACAGCAGAGACGCCCCAGGUCCUCCCUUCCACGAGCACGCUGCUGGCACAGGAGAGGAGAGAUCCAGCACACCCAUUCUUGAUGCUGCAGAAGAGCAUAAAAUAUUGCCAAAACCGAAGCCGAGACUUUCUGUCCCGCUGUCUGCAUCACACAAGAAAUCCAGUAUCCAUGAUGUCUCUUCCUCAGAGAGUGACACUGGAGCAAGUCCAUUCACAGCUACAACAGGCAGCUUACAUUUGUCUAGAAAAGGUAACGGACGAUCUCCACUGCCUGCCAUGCUUCCAGAGGAUGCUGUGCCUCAGCCCAGCUGUGCAGCGGGAGGAGAAGCUGUUGAUGGUGCCACUGGCACCACAGCAGGACCAAAAACUCCACCUGAAGAAACAUAUGCUCCCAGCAAGAUACCGGUUAAGAGGAAAUCAAGCAGAACUUUCCCCAGGUCAGAGCAGUUCGUGAAUCACCUGGGGCCAGCAGAGAACAGCGUGGCAAAGAGAGAGCUGAUGGAAAGCCCCAAAUCACUGACUGCAGAGGGGGAAAGCAGCCAGUCUGUGAAGCACGGCGUGAACUAUACAAUCUCGUCAAUGAGUAAUAAAGAGGAGGAUAUUGGCCUCGAUCGGGAACACUUCAAGAACUUGAAGAACUUCUGGGAGAAGGGAGCAGACUCUGUGAUGGUGGGAAGCAUGCCGGAGGACUCGAGCUCGGGGGAGGCAGACGGAAAGCAGUUCAAGCUGUGCCGCUCGCUCUCCGUGCAGUCAGCUCAAGGCCAGAAUGGUGAAGAAAAACCCGGAGUCUUCACCAAAACAAGAGCCCCUCACAAAAGGACAAUAACUUUGUCUUCCAGCGAGGAAGAGCCAAGCUACGUAGCCCCUUCAAGGAAAGGCUCAGUUGCCUUCAUUCCCAGAUCCACGUACGCCAAGAGCAAAGGAGGCCCGGUUACAAGAAACAGCUCACUGGGCGAAAGCAACGGGAAGCCGCCGGUGCCAGAGGAAGAGAAGAUGGCACAACACAGCUCCAAGAAAUCCAGAUUGCCUGUGCGAGCGCCUUCCAUCAAAAUUGAGUCGCCUACCAAAGAAGUGCCUGGCAGCACAUCUGAGCCAGAGAUGUCUGCAGACAAGUUCAUCGUGGCAGAAAAACGCAAGUAUGCAAACUGCCUGGCGAGCAGGGUGCAGAUACUCAUUGACCCUGUGCUUACAGAUGAUGAGAAAGAGCAAAGAGCUGACAUGGGUACUCAUGACAGCAUGGAAAUAAAUGGAGAGCCAGCUGAGGAAAAAGCACGUGAGUCUUCAGACAAGCCAACAGGCAGAGCACCAGGCGGAGGGACAGAAGUUGUUCAGGGAACGGACUCAGCUGUUUACUCAGAGGAAGAUGGAGAUCGUUCUCCUGCUGCUCAGGCAUUGGCCCGAGCAAAUAACAUCAAUCUUGCAAAAAGCAUGGUGAACAUUUACACAACCACAGAGACAUACAAUAAACCUCAUCUGAUACCUCAUCAGUUUCUUGAACCUGAAAGAGUCAAAGAGCUGAGCAGAUCUUCUCCUCUCCUGUUGUCUGAGACAGAAUCAGACACGGCUUCAGAAAUCAGCUUCCAAUUUAGCAAGCACAAAAAGACGCCUAGCAUUGGCAGCCACUCCUCUGACAUGGCAUCUGUCUCCUCGGUGAGUGGCAGUGUGCUCAGUGUGUACAGUGGCGAUUUUGGGAGUGUGGAUGCCCAAGGUACUGUGGAGUUUGCACUAGAUUAUGACGAGAAGAACCGGGAGUUCCAGGUUCAUGUGUCCCAGUGCAAGGACCUGGCUGUCGUGGAUGAGAAGAAAGGCAGAUCCGACCCGUAUGUUAAAACUUACCUGCUUCCAGACAAAGCUAGAAUGGGUAAGAGGAAAACCUCAGUGAAGAAAAGGACAGUGAAUCCCAUUUACAAUGAGGUGUUACGGUACAAAAUAGAGAAAAUGGUAUUGCUUAUCCAAAAAUUAAACCUCUCUGUUUGGCACAAUGACCCACUGGGACGUAACAGUUUCCUGGGAGAGAUUGAAAUAGACUUGGCCAGCUGGGACUGGAGCAACAGGAAACUCAACUGGUACCCGCUGAAGCCCCGGAGCCUUUCUGCUGUUAAUGGUGUGGAUCAUCGAGGAGUGAUGAAUUUGUCUAUUAAGUACGUCCCUCCAGGAAGUCUAGGUCCCAAGAAUCCUCCAUCUGGUGAAGUUCACAUUUGGGUCAAAGAUGUCAAGGACCUGCUGCAGUUGCGUCCUUCUGGAGUUGACUCUUUUGUGAAAUGCUAUGUGCUUCCAGACACAAGUAAGAAGAGUUACCAGAAGACCCGAGUCAUAAAAAGAGACACAAACCCUAUUUUCAAUCACACUAUUGUGUAUGAUGGCUUUCAUACAGAGGAUCUAAAGGAUGCGUGUGUUGAGCUGACUGUGUGGGAUCAUGAAAAACUAACCAACCAUUUCCUUGGAGGAAUCAGGCUGGGCCUUGGGACAGGUUUGAGCUAUGGCAUCUCCGUGGACUGGAUGGACUCCACGCAAGAGGAGGUGGCCUUUUGGCAGGAGAUGAUGUCUGCUACCAAUGAAUGGAUUGAGGGGUUGCUGCCACUGCGUUCACUGGCAGGGAGGAAAAAACUUAAAUAACCUACUGUAUGUUCUAGAGAAAGGCUGAACACGUUUGUUAGAAUUAGGAAACCUCCUGUCCUGAGGUGGAUCGAGACUGUGGGGCCGGCAGGUGUCACUUCAAUGAGGCAAUUGAUGGACAGCACUUUGGAAACGUUAAACAUAAAGUACUAAUUCCCUGACAGAGGAGCUGGAAGGUGCCUAACUGACACUAUAGUUGAUUUUGACCAAGAAGAAACUUUGUUUGCCUUUUUGCUUAAUCAUUUAUAUUCAGUGUAUUUGAAUUCCAUUAAGCUCUGGGAACAUUGUCAGGGAAGAGGAGGUAUAGAUAUUUUAUUUUUUUACUGUUCCUUGUGCUGUUGGUGUUUUUUGUUUUUUGUUUUGUUUUGUUUUGGUUUUUUGUUUGUUUUGUUUUUGUUGUUGUUGUUGUUUUGUUUUGGUUUUUUUGUUUGUUUGUUUGUUUGUUUUUUUUUCCUGUGCAGAGAUGUAGUUUUACUAAAGCAGCAGCGUGGAAUUACUCAUAUUUCCCUGCAAGUGGUACACUUUGUACUUGAUGUAGAAUUGCUCCAAGUCACCAGCCAGCAGUCCGAGAAUGAGAGCUUUGCGUUUGUUGCUGGUGAUAACAUGUCUGUAACGUGAGGGAAAUUGAGAUCCAAGGUGAAUCCAAAGAAAGAGAGGACUAUUUGAAGCAGAAAAUGAAGCAGCCUGAGGAGGAUAACGAUGAGGAAUUCAAUGCAUAAAAUCUUUUCUGCUUUAAAAUGAAAGAGAGAAGAGAUGAUCCUGCGGCUAGUGGGAUUUUGCAACCAGGAGCUGCUUUCCUACCUGUCCCACAGGCUUCCUCAGUGACCUCAGGCAAGUUACUCAAGACAAUUCCAGUGCAAUAUAAACUGAAGUGCUCACCCAAAUGUAAAAUAUUGUUACAUUGCUAAUGGACCUAAUAGCAUCUUUGAAAUGCCUUGUGUGCAACACAUUUCAGUAUGAAAUAAUGAUGUAGAAAACAGUCUUGUGUUAGCCUGGCGCAGUGGGUCAGGAAGGAAAGGUCAGAACCACUGUGAAAUUCAGGAGGUCUUGGCAACUGCUGGGAGAGAGGCAAACAGGCAGUGAAUGAAGACAAAGGGUAGCUGCAGAGCUGAGGCCUGGGGUGAACUCCUGCCUCUGCAUAUCUUGCUGCCCUUCUCAUCUACCUUUCACCUGAUGCCUCAGCCUCUUGUUCAGAGCUGGAGUCACCUCCCUGCCAAUAGCUUGCAAGAACUUUGCGUCUGGCGCACUAGCAGCAGCCAAGGGGCAUUACGAAUGCAUUUUGAAAUGCAGCUGUGUAAUUUUUACUUUGGAUGUACAUAUUGCAAUUAAAUUGAAUGGUUUUCUUUAGUCAUCAGCUGGUCUCCUUGUACCUAUCUUUAGCGUGGUCUGAGUAAUGAAGUCGCAAGCAAAAGAGGUGUUAUAUUUUGUCAUGUCAAAAAGAACCCAAGGACAAGUGAAAUGUUGUGCAGAAAUAUUUUUUUGUAGCUAUCUCGUCUUAGAUUCUGGUUCUGUGAAUAUUUUGAUAUUCAUCUUUAAUGUAUUGCUUUUAUUUUUAAACUCAAACAGGAUUCAUUUUCAGCUUCACAAAGAUGGUUCUAAAUAAAUGGAAGAGAAUAUGUAUGGUUGAAGUGACAAGAUUUUUUCAUGAAAUGAAGACAUUUGGGAGAUAACCAGCAGCUUUAGUGGAAAAAAAAUAUGGUUAUGCAAUUGGAAAAAUAUAAAACUUGAAAAUGUACUGGUUAUAGUAAUGAAAGCACUAACAGGAAGUCUGUACAGCAACAGAAUUAAUUAAUGACUAGCCUAAUGAAGGACCUCAUACGCAUACAUAGCAUGUCAACCCAAAGAUACUUCGUAUGGCGCUCCAGCCUGGCAUAAUUUGUUUACCAAGAUUUGGUCAUUUAUUACCUUUGUGGGAUAAAAUAGCAAUUUGGGGCCAUGGGUAAGAGUUUUUAAAUGAUUAGCUUUACCUGUUUAGGUGCUGAACAUGUGAAUACUGAUGCAUAAAUAUGACUUAAUUUCGACGAGGAGGCCUGCUUGUUGGAGUGGUUGGCUUGGUGCAAUGGAGUUACCUGCGUGACUGCUGCUCUCACCCCAAACUCUUCCUUGUCCUGCAGCCUGCCUCCCAGGGAGAUUUCUGCUGUGGCUGCAGAUGUGGUUGGUAAUACCAGGGGCUUUGGCUCAGGCAGGUCCAGAUCUCUCUCCAGAGGCUCCUCCGACUGCUCAUCGUUGCAAAAAUGGAGUCAUCGUGCCUGCUCCUCCUCCUCCUCACGUGCACUAUUAGCACAGGCGGUUGUGACGAUGUUGCCAAUGCUGCUGUUUACAGAAAUGGAGCUGGAAGUGUUUGUUUUGUGUUUCAGAACAUUAGCAUCUCUUUCACUAGUGUUGCCAAUAAAGGGAGAAAAAGGAUGUCAGUGGGCCACUUUCAUCCCAGAGUAGUUGCUUUUAUGAAGUUGGCUCAGAACUCUGUGAACAAACUACUUCUGUAUUCAGAUUUCAUUGAGGGUUUUUGUUAAUCUUUCGCUAGCUUGUUUAUUUAAAUAAAGCCCUGAUUAACUUAAGGAGCUUUCUUUGGCAUUUAGUGGUUUAUCAGAGUAAAAGAUUACACUGCCAAACCACAUACACAUUUGUAACACAGCUGAAGCUGAGGGAGUAAAAUUUCCCAUGUCAUAUCUGUUUCACUUACUAUGCAGAAAGCACUUUAUCAGGAAAAAAAAAAAAUAAUAAAAUUAGGCACUUUUAUUGUCAGUGACGUGCAGGAGUGGAGGAGCUUGUGAAUAUAAGGGUAACAGCCUGUUUGUACGUGGCUUUCUGGCUGUAUUUACUAGUUCAUUGCAGAAUAGGUUCAGCAAAGUUUCAUAAGAAGGCAAGACUCGAUGCUUAUAGUAAAUGUGUUUUAAGACUCAUUUCCCUGAACGUGAGCGUGCAGGUACCAGCAGGAAGCUGUGCUGAUGCCAACAUCUAAGUCGUGGUGCCAUGUCCUGCAGUCACCGAUCUCUUGCUGGAUGCAGAAGUAACCCCAAGGAGUGAGUAGGUUGAAGGGUUGCAGUCUGGUACCCUUAGGCACUAUCUGCUGAAAAUAAAACAAAAAUCUGUGACUACAGUAGAGGUGGGCAACUGCUUUCCAUACAUGUUCUGCAUCUGAGAGUACAUGUGCUGCUUUUGAGCUUAUGCCUUAUCUAUACAACUUUUUCUUGGAGAUCUUUACAAGCAAGAAAAUAAGAGAAGGCAAGAUUCUGGGAGUAUUUCUGUCUACUCAGGCAAAUAUAAUACGUGGCGUACGUCCAUUUGAAACUGUUCAUAUUACAGGUGUCAGAAACUACCCAAAAACACAUGUAGUUCAGAAACUAAAGAAGAGAAAGAAAGAAUUGCUGAAUCUUGAACAAUAUUCAGUGAAUGAGUGUCUCAGAGGAGAUGGAAAAUAAGUGGUUGAAUUAAUUAUCCAUUACUAAAUAUUUGCUCAGCUUUAUCCUUCACCAAGGCAGGAAAAAAUAAAUUGUGGUGAUUCGAGGAGAAAAUGAUGCUGGCUAAAUGAACCCAUGUGAUAAUAUCUAUUGAAAUAUGAAAUGCUGUAUUUUUGAAAGCUUGUUAACUUAGAAAUGUAUCAAAUAGACCAGUUUAUGAAAAAAAUGAAUAAAUAAAUACACUGGUUCCUGAUAA